AUGCCGUUUGGGCUUUACAAGGACGUGGUACAGAAACGAACUCACUCCAUGGUCUUUUACAGGUUCACAUGUGUUGCUCGAUGGCUCCUCAUGUUUCUUCAACUUUGUAUCUCGGCGACACUGACGGCUCUUGGCUCUAUGGCAGCUAGGGACGGUACGCCAAUUACCGUUCUUGGCGCCAUCAACACAGUUGCCGCUGGCAUAUUGGCCUUUUUGCACAACAGUGGGUUGCCUGACAGGUAUCGAUACGACAUGAAUGAGUUUAAAGAAGUAGAAGACCAUAUUAAAGAAAUCUUGGACUCUGGAAUUGCACCUGCAGGUUUGACUGCCGAGCAGAUUCUCGCGGAGUGUUUUGAGCUGUACAGAGACGCAAAGCUGACUGUGACGGCCAAUAUGCCAGACAACUAUCGCACCAAGCACGGCAAAUCUGUGAGACCAACAGCGCCAACUACAGCACCGUCGCAGUCCAAGUCUGAUGCAAAAGGUGAAAACAUGUCUAGGUUGCCUUCUGUUGCCGAAGGUGGUGAAUCAGAGACCUCUGCGACAACCAAAGCCAAGUAG